AUGGCCGUCUCAAACCUGGCUUUGGGUCUCGACGCCCACUCUACGCCCCUGUACCUCCUCGUCGCUUUCGUCAUCUACUACGUGACGUCCUCCGUUGCGGCAUGGUACCGUCUUCGUAGCUUUCCCGGGCCGCCGCUGGCCAGGUUCAGCUACCUCUGGAACAUGUCCAACUCCCGCACCGGACGCCCUGCCGAGAUCCUCACUCGCCUCAACCGCGAGCAUGGGCCUCUGGUCUGUAUCGGACCAAACGACUUGGUCACGGAUGACCCAGGGAUCCUCCGCCGCAUGAACGGCGCACGCGACACGUAUAACCGCUCGACGUGGUACAACGCUGCCAAGUUCGAUCCGCACAAUGACAGCAUGUUCAGCCUUCGAGACACGCGCGCGCACGACAAGUUGAAGGCGCAGGUUGCCAUUGGAUACUCGGGGAGGGAUAGCACCGGGCUUGAGGCCGGUAUUGACUCUCAGAUUGCGAGUGCCGUGCAGUUGAUCCGGAGGAAGUACCUCAGCAGGGGCGGCGACGUGAAACCAAUGGAUCUGGGACGAGUUGCGCAAUACCUGACGCUGGAUGUCAUUACGGAGAUUGCGUAUGGAAAGGCCUUUGGGUACUUGACCUCCGACUCGGACGUUCACGACUACAUCAAAACCACAGAGGCCGUGGUUCCAUGGCUGCAGUUGUUCGGCGAGACGCCCUACAUGUGUAAUCUCUUUUGGUCCAAGGCCGUGCUGGGCACUGUCGGUCCGAAGCCUACGGAUAAACAGGGGAUGGGAAGGCUUAUGAAACUUGCCCAAGACGUCGUGGAGAAGAGAUACGGCCCCGACGCGAAGGAUGAGCGGGACAUGCUGGGAUCCUUUAUUCGCCACGGUCUCACAAAAAAGCAGUCCGAACAGGAGGUCUUGUUCCAGAUCGCCGCUGGGUCUGAUACGACCGCCACGGCUGUCCGGACUACCUUCCUCUACACGAUGACUUCGCCCCAUGCGUACCAGACUCUGAAGAAGGAGAUUGCUGCGGCGAUCAACGAAGGUCGCGCCUCGACACCUAUUACUUUUGAAGAAGCCAAGAAACUGCCCUAUCUCCAGGCCAUCAUUUACGAGGGCCUGCGCAUGAAUGCUCCAUUCACCGGUCAGUGCUCAAAGGAAGUCCCCGCCGGGGGCGACACGAUCAAUGGCAUGUUUGUUCCGGGUGGUACACGCAUUGCUCAGAACUUUUGGGGCACCCUACGCCGCUUCGACGUGUUUGGAAAGGACGCGGAUGUAUUCCGCCCUGAGCGGUGGAUUGAAGCAGACCACGCAACCAGAGACAACAUGCAGAAGACGACAGAACUGACCUUUGGGUAUGGUCGGUGGGGAUGCGCGGGGAAGAACGUGGCAUUCAUGGAGCUUAACAAGGUGUUCUUCGAGCUGUUCCGGUACUUUGACUUCCAGAUCGUGUACCCCGGCAGGCCCUGGAAGAGUGUGAAUCACAACCUAUUCGUGCAGAAUGAGUUUUGGGUAAAGAUUACGGAAGCGGAGGCCAUCGAGAGCUAG